ACACGGCCGCCGCUAUCUCUGGCGUGUUGAUUUAUUAGUCUAGACCGCACUGCACUGCACUACAUUUUCGCAAACGUGCGAAUCUCUCGGCGGUCUCGCGCGAAGGGAUUUUGUGUUUUUUCUGUUGGGUUUUCCGUUUCUCAGUUAUAUUAAUAUCUUUGCCCUCGCCGUCUACCCUAGCCCCUACACCCCCAACAGCCCCCACCCACCCACACACAUACACACGUACACUCACCGGUACACACAUACGUGCGCGUACACAGACACACAUACACGCACACACAAACACACGUACGGACCGUCUCGUUGGUCGCGCGCGCGUCUCUGCGGUUCCCCAACAUCAAUCCGACCGGGCCCCGACUGGUUGGUGGGAGGAGGAGGAAGAGGAGAAGGUGUCCCUUGUCGGAGCCGAGCACCAAACAAAUCGCCCUCCCUCAAAGGUUCUUGCCCGAACGGGCAUUCAGCGCAGUGGAGUGGACCGCACGCACCGACCGCACGGACCGAAGCUAGCCGAAAAUCUCAAGGAAAACGGUUACGCACCGCGACCGCCACCCGUCAGCAGGACGGGGCAGCCCGCACCGCCCGAAACGGCAGGACCCUGGUGAGUGAGAGGACGCGCGCAAGAGUGUGUGUUGUGCCGAAGCGAACGUCCGCGACGUCGUCGUCGUUGUCGUCGUAGUCGUCGUUGUCGCGAGCCACCACGGACGGGUCUCUGUGGUGUGCAGGGCAAACAGGCGAGUGCAGUUGCAUGCGUCGCUUCCGGAGGACGGAGGCGCGUUUCCCAAGAUCAGCCAGUCACGACGACGACCGAGAUUAGCAGCACGCCGCGUCAUAGAGGUGUGUGUGUGUGCGUGUAAGAGCGGUGUUUAUUGUUUGUCCGGUACGGUGUACGGAGUGCGUGAGGAGGUCCGGAGGUGUCCCAGCGAGUGUCUCCACGAGCGAAGAAGAUCCUGAAGUGUAAUCAAGCGGUGCAGGUGGUGGCAGUAGUGGUGGUGGUAGUGAACAUUCCGACGGCAAGAUCUGACCUCGGUCGGUGGUCCUUCAACAUCUACACACCCCCCACACAGUCACACAAACACACACACUCUUGCAGCAGACACCCACACAGCCUGGUGUGUGUCAUCGCGUGUAGUUUCCGUGCGUCCCAGUGCACUCAGGCACGCGUGUGUGUGUGUGUGUGAAUCAAGUGCGUGCGAGUGUCAGCAAAAAAAAAUAAAAAUCGGAACACUGCUCAGACGGCACCGGCAAUAGAUGUAGCAGUCCUCCGUCCUUUCUUCCCUGAACUCCCUGGAACUGCCCUGCUCCGAAUGCACGCUCCUGCCCUGCUCCGGUCGGCCAUACACUGCCGCUCCAGUCAACUCGCACACAAUCAACGCGCGGCGGGUAUGCGGAGCUAGAAGAGCAUCCCCUCCACCUCCCUAGCUCCCCCCCCCGCCCCCCUGUUGGUGUCCUGAGACUUCUUCGCGGGUGUCGUGCCGUGGCAGCGUAGCCAUCCUGACGACCCGAGACGACCCCUGCCCUAGCAAGGACGCCUUUUGCCCUUUUUGUUUGCGGGACGACGCAGCGCCAAACACCCAAAACCAAAACACCACAAAGCCUUUGACGUCCCCCACGUCCCCCGCUCAACUCCAACACACAAGUCGUCGUCGUUGACGCGCGGGCCCCCCCCGCACAAGGCACCAGGACGGCGUCGGAUCUGGCGCUAGCGCACCGGGGUCAGCUUUGCUCCGCCGGGCUGCUGGAUGCGGCCGGAGUGCCGCCCGGCUACGAACCCGACCCCCUCGCCGUUAGCCCGGCUAUGCACAGAUCCGCUACCAUGGACUCGAAAGCAACGAUAAACAAGGGCAAUUUUCUCUCACAGUACACCUUGUAGCGCUUUCCACAUCACUCACGCCACAACCGAGUGCUCCCGCCGUCUUUCUUUCAGCAGCGGCAGCGGGCUCAAAAUUAAACGAGAAACCAAACCAGACCCAAAAUUAAACGAGAAACCCACCAAAGCAAAAACGCCCAAAUUCACCGUUUUCCGGCUACACACAUAUAUGACACACAUAUACACAUUGGCCGUACAUGUCCCGAGUGCCGUAUGAUCCGGAAGCAGGAAGAUUUCCAUCCCUUUAUCGAGGCGCUGCUGCCGUACGUCAAGUCCUUCAGCUACACCUGGUUCAAUCUGCAGGCGGCGAAGCGGCGCUACCUCAAGAAGCACGAGAAAAAGAUGACGCACAACGAGGAGAACAAGUGCAAGCGAGACUUUCAGAACGAAAAUCCGGAAACGAAACAGAAAUGGGCCGCCCGACUGCUGGGCAAGCUGCGCAAGGACAUCACCCACGAUAGCCGGGAAAACUUUGUGCACUGCAUUUCGAAGAAGAAAACCUCCAUGUGCAUCCUCUCGAACCCGGACCAGAAGGGCAAGAUGCGGCGGAUAGAUUGCCUGCGCCAAGCGGAUAAGGUCUGGCGGCUCGAUCUGGUGAUGGUGAUCCUGUUCAAGGCGAUACCGCUCGAAAGCACCGACGGCGAGCGGCUGGAAAAGGCGUGCUUCUGCACCAGCCCGAGCCUCUGCAUCAACCCGUACCACAUUCAAGUAUUAAUCAAGGAGCUCGACCUCUACCUGGCCAACUUUAUCAAGUGCUUCAGCGACGAGGAAAACCAGAGCGAAAAAUCUCACAACAGCUCGCGGAAGUUCUCCAAAACCACCUCCAGCAACAAGGUGUUCAGCUACGACUUUAUCGCACCGACCGGCGUCUUUACCUCGUCCGAGCUGUGGAGCAUUACGCAGGGUAGGUUAUCAUCUUAGCUCACAACACUACACUGCACCCUAAGCCUAGAUCCGAUCGUUGUGAUUCUGUGAUUCUGUACUGACUCUGACACACGCUGAGCAUAGCGAAAGGUUGUGUCAACAUCAUAUUGUCUUGUUGGGGCUUUUUAGGUGGGACUUUUUCUUUGCAGAGACCUUUCUUUUUCUUCACAGCUCACCGGCAUCUUCAGCCCGAGAUCCAGGUGACCAGAUGACUUCACGAGUCAUCGAGGGUCGCUUAGAUCUUCCAGCAGAACAUUCACACUUUUGCACUAUCUAACGUAUUGUUUUGUUUGUCACUUUCCUUUGCAAUCGCACCGAGUCCGGCAGUCUGGAGCCAUGUUUUGGAGCCCCCCGCAGAGAGAUCUGUUCCGCCGAGAGCUGGUAGCUUGGAAGAAUCUGAUGCCUCUAGAAUGCCACACACUACUUACCGAUGUUUCAAUGAAUUUGAUGGAAUGUUUCCAAAUUUCAAAAAUAAAAAGAUGAAAUUAGA